AUGAAAAAGAUUAAUGAUAAUAAGAGUUCUGGCGGAAGAGUUGAAUUAGAAGUGAAUGAUGUUAAUGAGAAAUUAGAUAGUAAAGCAGAUAAAGACCAUGUUCAUUAUAUAAGUUCAGAUGAACAGAUUAUAACGGAUUAUCAUGGAUAUUUAACACAGGAUGAAGAAGUGAAUACGGAAGAUGUUAAUGAAAGAAGAUAUAAAUUCAUUCGUGCUGAAGGUUAUGACAUAAGAUGUGUUAUAAAUUAUGAUACAACAGGUAAAGCACCAGAAGCAUUUGAUUAUAACGAUGAAAUUUAUGCUUCAUACUUCUUUGUUAACGAUGUAUUAGUUGAACCAAGAUUUACUUUGAUGGUUAAGUCAAAAAUAACUGUUGAAGAUGCGAUUAAAAAUAAAGCUGAUGUAAAUCAUAUGCAUCCUGAGUUAAAUCAAGAAAUAGUAAUCUUAAGGCAUGAUUUAAUAACAGAACAUAACGACAUAAAUUCACUUCAAACUUCAUUAGACAGUAAAGCAGACAAGAACCAUACACAUGAAUCCUUUACAACUGUUAGAGCAGACGACAUAAUAUUGAAUUUUAACCUUGGUUCAAGUGCACCUUUAGAAAAUCCAAGUACAAGCGUAAAAGAUACUCUUAACAAUUUAGAUAACAGUUGCAGGAACAUUGAAGGUCAUGUCAGAAACUUUGAAGCAUAUAAACUACCAGCAGUGUUAGAUAAGAAAGCCGACAAAACUUAUGUAGAUGAAAAAACAGAAUAUGCUAAGAACAGUGCAAUAGAUUAUACAGAGUGGACGAUGGAAUGGGUCAAUCAAUUACUAUCAAUGGUAAAAUAA